GCGGACUUGAAGUGCUAGGUUGGUUCCUGCGCUUCUCUCCUUACCUACCUCAGUCUAUUCCAUCCACUUCGAGGUACGGAGUAUAGCUUACUUCCGUCUGAUAUUAAAUGGAUGCUGCUCGUACUGUAAAACCCUUCGACGACACCAGAAAAAGGAACGAAAUUUGAUCAAGUUCCGUUUUCGUUCACGGACCGUCUUGGGCUUCAAAACUGCUUCGUCCUACCGUAGUUCUUUCUCUCAAUCGAUCGUCCCUUAUUCGGACAAUUUUCUCUUCCUUUGUCUCGCCUCCACUUCUGCAUCUGCUGCAUCUGGUCAUCAGAUUGAUUCACUUCCUCGACGCCUCAGAAUCGAGUCGGUCAUCUCGUCUUGCCUUACAAAGACGGACAAACCCAUUAUACGUAUCAUCCCAUAUCCUCGGUAAGACAAUCUCGCACUCUCAUUGUGCGCAAUCCUUUUCUCGACACAAACUUCCAUACCCGGCUUUGCCAGCUCAACUCAGGAGAUAUCCUUGUGCCGGUCACGGCGACAGCCGACAUAAUCAUUGUCAAAAACGACACCCAAACAGAAAGGCAAAGGCAAGGGAACCGCUACAACAAGGCCCUGAACUGUACUGCAACGAAUGCCGUUUAGCGCCUCUACGAUCCCGCCAUCGUCCUUGGCCUGCACCCGACCCACGCGCCAGGUCAUCAGCCAGUCCCAGGCUCAUUCUGCGAGCCAAGAUUGUCAUCCCAGAACAAACACAGGUGUUCCCGUCCCUGGACGUGUACCGGUACCGUACCGCCUGUCCGUCGGCUCUCUCCACUAUCUCUAGUGACUAUCGCCAUUCACCGUUGGUUUCUGCUUUCUGCACCCUUUCCCUUUUUCAAUAUCUGCACCUAAUUCUGUUCGAAGCCAACACAACAUUCUUAUACCGAGCUUUUGCGCGAUUAUAAGCGAUUCGCUCUAUCCUACAUGUGCUGACAUCCUCCUCGAAUUGUUGGCAGAGGCCUCGUACGGCUUGCUUUCUGUUUCCCCACCCACGAUCCAUCGUCGGCCUCCCCUCGAUAUCAGCCGUUGUCGUUCAAGUAAUCCACCUCCAUCAAGUUGUUGAUCCUCCUCACAAACCGUUUCAAAGUCUGUAUUCCAACCCACACCAACAUCUUGGAGGGCGACGACCCGGGUCAUGGCCGGUUACCAACGACCCAUGAGUUUUUCAGAAAGACGAGGAAGCGCCCUCAGUGACGACUUGACCCUCGGCACAUCGACGAACCCCAUGGUAAACCACCGCUUGGAAAAGCUGCCUCAGCAGCAACGGCACUUGCGUGGACCUCCUACUCCCAGCAUGUCUACACCCGCCGCGGACUUUGAUCAACAGCUCACUGGCUCACCUCCACCGCCUCCCACACCCGCUGCGUCUCCGGGACCAUCGCAUUUCCAACCAGAUUGGAGUGAUGCGGCUGAUGACGAAGACUUCUUUCUUGCCAAAGUCCGGCAACACUUCAAAAACUGUUCCGGUCCUCAGAGGACUCGAGUCCUCGCCGAUCUGCUGAACCUCUGUACCAGCCAGCAAUUGAGUUUCGUUCACCAAUUUGUCAGCCCUUUGUUGAAAAAGGACCCCUUUACAAGUCUGCCAGAUGAACUGUGUCUUCGGAUAUUAUCUUUCAUCGAUGACCCAAAAGUUUUAGCACGAGCCUCGCAAGUUUCCAAACGAUGGCGAGAUCUCCUUAGCGACGACAUGACAUGGAAGAAUCUUUGUGUCAAACACGACUACGGCCGCCGACUAUCAGAGGUCUACACACACGCACCUAAUUCCUCAUCGAGACCAUCAGUACAGGCUCUGCAUGGACUCGAUGCCGACAUGACUAGCAGCAGCAGUUUCCCAGGCGCGCGCCCUUAUUCUUACACCUCAGGGACCCGAUCGUUCGAGGGCUCGAAUACCUCUGGUCGACCCAGGUUACGGACUUACAAGUCUCACUUCAAGCAGAGAUAUCUAGUUGAAGCUGCUUGGCGAUCUGGCGGUACUAGCACAACGCGGAAUAUUACCCAAGAGGGGGGCGUCGUUACAAGCCUGCAUCUGACACCCAAGUACAUCAUUGUGGCACUUGAUAAUGCCAAGAUUCAUGUGUUCGAUACUGAGGGAGACUCGCAACGCACCCUGCAGGGACAUGUUAUGGGUGUCUGGGCCAUGGUUCCCUGGGAUGAUACUCUGGUCAGUGGAGGCUGUGAUCGCGACGUGAGAGUAUGGAACCUCAAGACUGGUGCCUGUUUACACACCUUGCGAGGUCACACAUCGACAGUUAGGUGCCUGAAAAUGGCAGAUGCAAAUACGGCGAUUUCUGGAUCCCGGGAUACCACCCUAAGAAUCUGGGAUAUCCGAACCGGCCUUUGCAAAAAUGUUCUUGUUGGUCAUCAGUCCAGUGUUCGGUGUCUCGAGAUCAAGGGUGACAUUGUCGUAUCCGGUAGCUACGAUACUUUUGCUCGAGUCUGGAGCAUUUCCGAGGGCCGUUGUCUUCAAACGUUACAGGGCCAUUUUAGUCAAAUUUAUGCCAUUGCGUUUGAUGGUAAGCGAGUCGUGACGGGCAGUCUGGAUACCAACGUGAGAAUUUGGGAUCCGAGUUCUGGGUAUGUGUCUCUUCAAACUACAGAUAAUAGCUACUAACAGAUCGAAGUGAGUGCCUGGCUAUUCUCCAGGGUCACACGUCUCUUGUUGGACAGCUUCAGAUGCGCGGUGACACCUUAGUUACUGGUGGAUCAGAUGGAUCGGUUAGAGUUUGGUCAUUGAAAGAAAUGUGUCCGAUCCAUCGUCUUGCAGCUCACGACAACAGUGUCACCAGUCUGCAAUUUGAUGACACUCGAGUCGUGAGUGGCGGCAGUGAUGGUCGAGUUAAGAUCUGGGACCUCAAAACUGGACAUCUCGUUCGUGAACUCAUCGCGCAAGGUGAAGCUGUCUGGCGUGUUGCCUUUGAAGAUGAGAAGUGUGUUGCUUUGGCCUUGAGACACGGCCGUACAGUCAUGGAGGUAAGCCGAUAUUGAACGAGGGCUAUCCACGCUCAAGACUGACUUUGAUAGGUGUGGUCGUUCUCACCACCCGAAGAUAUGCUCUAUGACCGCCCACUCUCGCUUCAACAGCGGGUACUGGAGGAUGACCCCAAUCGCCCAUUGAGCGCCAUGGCUAUCGACUAUCGCACUUCGCAACAGACUUUGGCCAGUUCUAGCCGAGACGCUUCAACCCAGGAUGUCGAAAUGAACGACGCUGGCCCUUCAACUGCCCCAUUGCAGGGCGGUACGUUCUUUCAUGACGACUGAGCUGGGAGUUCGGUGAUCUCAACGAUGGCCCUGCGUCAACCAUCGUGAUAUGACAUCGGCGAGCACCAGCAUUUCAAGCGUACCCGAUUUUGUGGAUUCAACAUUUAGUAUCGAAGACGGAUCCGGUCAUCCGCACUGCAUUGCACUAUAUUCUUUCUUCGAAUUGUUGUAGAGGCGCCAAGGGUUUUUGAAAGCAUGUUUUGGGCGUUGCUGCAUCACCACCAGUUCACAAAAUAUGUUAGUUAUGGAUGGAUGAUCAUGCGAAUUUGCAUGGGAGUAUGACAGCAUGAAUCAAGGGGUUAUGGGAAACUGGAGCCACGGGAAUGGAAUACGGAGUUGCAUCUGAAGGCGGCACGGACUAUAUCAGAAGCCAAUGUCAGCGUUCUGGUCUUUGACAUUGAUCGUUAUCUUUAUCAUAAUACCACAUCGGCGGCGUGUGUAUAGAACGAUUAGAAAUUAGCCCAGUAAUGUUGGGUUCCACCAAUAAGACUUGCCAAUUCUUUGCCUUUUUA